UGGGAGCAAGGUAGACCAAUGGCGGCUCUCAGGGCGUGGCCAAUAAACCAUCGCUAACAUCCAGCCAUCAUGCUAGCUGAAGUAGUCCUGUGCAACUAGCAUUGCUAACUCAUGCAAUGACAUACUGGGUUACGUUCUCUAUGUGUAGUAUAUUUUCACAUGGACACUGGGAUAUAUAAUGGAAACAUCAACGUGUGUGUGAAGGCGGCUUUUUUCUUUGUCAAGAGGACCCGAUAGGACUGCUGUCUCGGUUAGCUAGCCUCUUAGCUAGCGCGGCUAACCGUAGCAUACUCAGACUGCCUGCCAUCACGGCCAGCACAACAGACACCAAGCCAAGUCCACAAGUCGGCGUUGGAAAUUUCUACCAUCAUGGAGAAGGCUGAUUUCUUGAAAGGACUACCCGUCUACAAUAAGAGCAACUUCAGCAGGUUUCAUGCAGACUCCGUUUGUAAAGCAUCUAAUCGGAGGCCCUCUGUGUACCUUCCAACACGAGAAUACCCCUCCGAACAGAUUAUUGUAACGGAGAAAACCAACAUUCUGUUGCGUUACCUCCAUCAGCAGUGGGACAAAAAGAAUGCAGCAAAGAAAAGGGAACAGGAACAAGGUGAGGGUGACAGUCCGGCACCCCCAAGGAAGAUUGCAAGGACAGAUAGCCAAGAGAUGAAUGAGGACUCAUAAAAGAGAGUGUGUAUGUGUGCGUGUGUGUGUGCGUGUGCGCGCGUGUGUACAGAGUAUAGCCAGUAUAAACCAACCCCACCAAAUUUAUUUAGGUGGGAUAAUCCCACCUAAAUAAAUACUUCUGGCCAUUCUGCACUAUGGCAGGAUGCCUUUCCUGGCAUCACCAAUAGAUAAAAUAUAUGUGGAAGUAGGGAAAUAUCUGUCAACAAAGCAGCCAAUUAUUGUCUAAAAUUGUGUGCAUUAAAAUACUAUAACCAGAAAAGAUUUGAAAGCCACUGUUUGCCACUGACAGAACAGAGUGGGUGUCAGAAGGGGAACUUUAUAGUGGUGUUUUAUUUAAUGUUAUGCUGGGUACUCUCUGUGUCUGUAUACAUGCUACGCUGUGAGUGUGUUGUACUGUAUGCUUGAGGUGAAUGAAUAGUUGAAAAGCGUCAGAGUAGAUUUAAGUUUAGAGAGGAACUUGACAGAUAGUCAGACACUACCUUUGAAGUUGUCUCAUAUACAUGACUUGUGUAGCCACUUGGUCCCUUGGAGAGUCCGUCCUGAUUUGUGCAAAGAACUUUUUGUUACUGUUUUAAUUUUAUUACAACAAUUAUUUUUUAUGUAUGGCAAUGAGCUUCCUGCCAGCCACAGUGCCCACCCUCUCAGUUUCACUGCCCACUCUGCAACCACAUGGGGGCAUCGCGACAUUUCUCCACACUGAACUAAGACUGCACUGUGAAGAACCGCACAAAGUAGAAGCAACUCUCCCAUAAUGCCCCGUAGAUGUGUGUUUAUGGUGAAUAUGCAUACCUUGAUUAUAUUCUGGGACUUGUUCUUGUAGGAUAAAUGUUGUGGUGGUGUUUCUGAGAAAUAUUUUUUACAUCUAGCACCACCUUCUGGCUAAACGAUACUAGUGUAUGGGAUUUUCUGGGAGCUUUCGCUGCUCUUUCAUAAAAGGACAAAAGAAAAGUAAGGAAAAAGUUGAGCUUGAAUACAGAGUUGUAAAAUGUUGGACUUUUAGUUGCACAACAAUGUAACAGCACAUAUAGUGAUGAAAAAAUGUACAGGAAUGUCUGGAAAAGGAAAAAAAAGAAGAAUGUUAUGAUGUGUGUAAAUAAUUGCCAGUACCAGAAGUUCAUCCAAUGUUUGUGUCUGCCUUUUUGUAAAAUAAUUCAUGCCCAUGGAUACGAUAGUAAAAGGACCUUUGUGAAAGUGAAGGAAAGAGCCACGGUGCUCAGUGGAUGUUACCUUGCCUUGCAUGUUGAUGUUUUCACGGCCAGGUAUUAUACUUCCGGACCAGUAAUAAAACUUAAGGGGUGUUGGCAUUGUGGUGUUCUCUUGUGUGAGUGUGGAAGGUAUUAGCCUAGAGGCCUUACAACCUGUCAUCAUGGUUUGGACCCUUUAGCUCCACCAGCUCAGGGCCUGGGAUAGCUGUACUGUUCGCCCUGUCUUUGUGACAGCCCUAGAGGGUUUUUGUCACAAGAGCUGGCUUAGAUGAACACGGGACUUUAAAGGGACGUUAUAUUUUCAGCCAUAGAAUGCACAGUAAGCAUGCACAGCAAAGUGCAGUCGCCAUCCUGCCUUGUUCCUGAGCUUCAGUUUGUAUUAGUGUCAUAUACUGUACAACACUGAAUCAAUCUUUUUUAUUAUUAUAAAUAUCACUGCCCAGCAGAGUCAAAUCAAAACUUCCUGUCCUUUUUUUCGGUUGAUUCUGCAAUGUGGGGUGACAGUGAGGUCUUUCAUCUUCCUACCUACAGUGUAAUUACUGUUUCUUGAGCGUAAAAAACACAGUAUGCUUCUGCUCAGAUAGACUAUUCUACCACACCCUAAUAAGCCUUGCCCCAUGUCAUGUGUGUUUGAUCAUCAGAUAUGUUCUUUUUAGCUUUGCUGAAAUAAAACCGCAUUGAAACUGG